AUGCCUAGAUUAUUUUAUACAAGGCCAACCCCAAAUAAUCUCACGAAUUUACCAACGUUACCAACGGGAGUGGUUUAUUAUGGUUAUGGUUAUGAAGAGAUUGGAGAUCAACGUUACACUGUCAUUGCCAAGGAACCAAUUGUCCGGUGA